UCUAAGCACCAGGGAUGCAUUUCUGGGAAUCUGUGCUUUGUGCCCUGUUAGCUUCCCUCUUUGCUGCCAUCCUCGGUGGGCUGUAUUUGACGGGCGCGUUCCGCAGGAGAAGACCCAAAGAACCGCCGUUGGACAAAGGCCUCAUCCCAUGGCUAGGACACGGGAUAAGUUUCAAGAAGAACCCUGCGGAGUUUUUGGAGAAGAUGCAGAAGAAACACGGGGAUAUCUUCACCGUGUUGGUUGGAGGCAAUUAUUUAAAUUUCAUGAUGGACCCUCACACCUACGGGACGGUCAUAAAGGAGUCCAAAGACAAGUUGGAUUUUGAUACGUUUGCCUCCAUGGUAGUUCAUAACGUCUUUGGCUUCCGCCCGAGUGAAUCCCAUCAUAAGGUUGUGCAACAAGUUAGCAAGAGGUAUCUCAGAAAUCGGAAUCUGGAGGAUCUGAACCAGGUGAUGAUGGAGAACUUGCAGGCAGUGUUGCUUCGGAACCAGGGCUCCAACGACGGAGAAAGACCAUGGCAGCAGGACGGGGCCCUCCACUUCAGCUACAAGGCCAUGUUUCAAGCUGCUUUCCUGACGUUGUUUGGAAGCGAUUCCCCCAAAAGUGGAGAUCGCAAAGGGACUUCUAAGGAUAGCAGAGCACCGCAGUGUGCAGAAUGGUUUGAGGAUUUUCAGAAAUUUGACCACUACCUUCCCCAGAUGGUCAUGGGGAUGCUGGAUCCUGAGAGCAAGAAGGAGACGGAGAGGCUGAGGAACUUUUUCUGGGAUGUGCUGUCUGUAGAAAAGGUGAUGGAGAAGGAUGACAUCAGCAACUGGGUGGCCGAGCAAGAUCACCAGAUGGAUGAGACUGGGAUGACCGAAAAGAUGCGGACUCAGUUCCUUUUUCUCCUUUUCUGGGCAUCACAAGCGAACACUGGGCCAGCGACCUUCUGGGUUUUUGUCCAUCUCCUGACACAUCCAGAGGCGAUGAAGGCAGUGAAGGGAGAAGUCGACCGAGUCCUAAAGGAGACGAAUCAGGAAGUCAAGCCAGGCAGUCCCAUGCUCAAGAUAUCCUUUGAAACAGUCAAGACUCCUCUUUUGGACAGCGCGAUACAGGAAUGUCUACGCUUGAAAGUAAGUCCCUUUCUGUUCAGAAGCAUAAUGGAAGAUAUGGAUCUUAAAAUGGCGGACGGGAGAGACUACAGCCUCCGGAAAGGAGACCAGCUGAUUCUCUUCCCCUUCAUCGGCCUGCAGAUGGAUCCUGAAAUCUACCCUGAUCCUAAGACUUUCAAAUACGAUCGGUUCGUGAACCCAGAUGGCACAAGGAAAGAAUUCUACAAAAAUGGGAAAAAGCUAAGGCAUUACAACAUGCCGUGGGGCGCUGGGCCUUCCAUGUGCCCGGGACGCUUCUUUGCUGUUAGUGAAAUGAAGUUGUUUGUGAUUUUGAUGGUCGCCUACUUUGAGAUGGAACUGGUCAAUAAGGAAGAGAAGGUACCGCCGGUAGAUCCAAGCCGCUAUGGGAUUGGAGCCACACAUCCUUCUCACGAUAUCCAGUUUCGGUAUCGACUGAGAAUCUAAGAGUAAAAUAGUUUAUUUAUAACCAAGUUGUACAUUAGCUCAGUUAUUUAUUCCGUUCAGUCCUGGGGAGAAAACUGUAAAAUAGCAGAAUGCAUUCAGGGAGGUCUCUUGCGUAGGGGCAGUUAAACAUGGUUGCACUUACCUGUAACUGAUGUUCAUCGAGUGUCUUCUGUGCUGGCACACAUAGGCCUGCCUCAGGCCGUCCCAUGUGGGACUGCACAGAAGACACGAUGAUAAACAAAAAGAUACCAAGAUUCAGAAGGGUCAUGUUCUUCUGCCGCUGACCAGGAAGAAUACGUGCUGCAGUGCUGAGACUUUUAAUUGUCUUUCGUAGCUUGUGUAGGCAAUUGUGGCCUUCAUUGUAUGUAUGAAAUGGAGUGUAAAGAAUAUAGCUGCUAGCAGCCAGCUUGGAGGAGGGGGGACGUGAAGCUCCUUAAUAGCUCCGUACGUGUUACCAUCUCCAUCAACUUCAGACGUAUGCAUUGAAAGGGUCUGCUGCCUUUGAAAUGGCUGUGCAGUAGAGACCCAACUUGCCGCAGUAUGUCAUCUUUGUUAAACGUUGCAGUAAUAAUGACUAAUAACAGUUAGUUUUUACAGUCAAUCAUUCUUAGUCGUUAUUUAGCAUUUUUGUGUCCUCGUUCCGGUUGUUAGGUUUGCUGAACUGAAUUUAAGAAUCUCUUCCACGAUCUCGGAAGAGAGGGCUGUAUUUUGUUUCAGGUGUUCUGAUGGAGAUUUUAGGGAGCACUGGGGGGAGAGAGGGAGAAAGAUUCUGUUUUCCUUUUGCAACAAGUGAGAUGCCUUUUUAAGAGAAGCUUUUGCUCACUCGAAGCAUGACGCUGUCUAAGGAUUUCUCACUUUUUCUGUCGGCAAAACUGGAAGAGGUGGGGGAAGCGGUUUUCUUUUGUAAUGAGUGAAACACGUUGAUCGUUUGCACCUCUUCCCC